AUGACUCAGCACGCGUCCACUCUGGCGGAGGGGGCAGCGGACGCCGCGCCUGGCGUGCAGUCGGAGGUGCUGGCGUUCGACGCGCCGAAGAGCAUUCCGGGGAUGAACGAGUUUCGGCAGCUGCUGACCGACGACCCCGUAGGCGGGUGGGACAAGGCAUGGCAGGCGAGCAAGACGCCGUGGGAUCUGGGAGGCGUGAUGCCGGCUGUAGCGGCGCUCGUGGCUGCGCAAGAGGGGUCGCCGCUGCACCUGCCGCCCUCCAUCCGCCGCGUGCUCGUCCCCGGCUGUGGCUCCGGCUACGAUGUGGAGGCGUUGGCAUCGAAUGGAAGGGAGGCGACCGGCCUUGACAUCUCACCGGCUGCUGUGGCGCGUGCAGAGAAGCGAGUGGAGGGGGCGGCCAACAGGGCGGCCAUGGCGUUUGAGUGCGCCGACUUCUUUGAGUAUCGCCCACCACAGCUCUUCCAUGCCAUCGUUGACUGCCCUGCUCACAUGCCCCAUCGCCCCUGCCCUGCCCCUCACACCCUCACGCACCCACGCACCAUCCUUCCUUGCCCGCGUGCCUGCAUGCCCCUUCCCACGGCCCUCCCUGCGUGCAGCUUCUUCUGUGCGCUGCCGCCAUCGCUGAGGGGCAAGUGGGCGGCCAAGACAGCGGAGCUGCUUGCACCACACGGGGUGCUCUUCACGCUCAUGUUCCCCAUCGGUGCCCACGAGGGUGGCCCGCCGUAUGCCGUCUCCAAGGACAGGUGUGCCCCUCCUGUCUCUCGUCUCCCCCUGGCCCCUGGCCCCCUUGUCCCCCCUGUCUUCCCUGUCCUCCUUUUCCCUGCUCUCUCCCCCUUACCCCCCUGUCCCCCCUGCUCCUCCCUGUACCCCCUGCUCCCCCCUGCCCCCCUGCUCCCACUGCUCCGCCCAUCCUGGGCUUCCGCAUUCCUGUUCCCCACCUCCCUCUGUGCCUCCCUCCGCGCCUCCCUCCGCGCCUCCCUCCGCGCCUCCCUCCGCGCCUCCCUCCGCGCCUCCCUCCGCGCCUCCCUCUGCGCCUCCCUCCGCGCCUCCCUCUGUGCCUCCCUCCUCGCCUCCCUCCUCGCCUCCCUCCUCGCUUGCUCGCUCGUCUGCCGCACUCUCCACUGCCACCAUCCCUCAUGCCGCCACUACCUUGCUCCCCCCCCCCCCCACGUGUGGCCCGUGCAGCUAUGCGGAGGUGCUGCAGCCGCUGGGCUUCACGGCAGAGGAUCUGCCCACCGUCAGUGUGCCGCCCAGACAGGGUGUGGUGGGUGGGACGAGCAGGGCAAGGAGCAGCUGGCCAAGUGGGUGCGAGGGGGUGCAGCAUCCGAGGUGUGA